CCUGAUAACGCUACGCCCAGGCCCUGGGCGCAGCUCCCGCCCCGCCCCGCCGCCACCGCCGCCGCGCCGAGUCCUUUUGUCCAAGAUGGCGGCGCCGGGGGCGCUGCCUCCUCGGCCGCCGCCGCCGCCGCUGUGAGGGGCCUGCGGGCCGCCCGCCCGCCUGCCGCGCCGGCGCCAUGAAGAGGCAGAGCGAGCGAGAUUCGAGCCCGAGCGGGCGCGGCUCGUCAUCGUCGGCCAAGCGGCCGCGGGAGCGCGAACGGGAGGCGGAGGCGGGCGGGCGGCGGGCGGCGCACAAGGCCUCGGGCGGCGCCAAGCACCCCGUUCCAACACGGGCCCGCGACAAACCCCGCGGUAGCGGGGGCGGCGGCGGCGGCGGCGGGCAUCGCGACGGCCGCGGCGCCGGGGACGCGAAUCACCGUGCGAGCAGCGGCCGCUCCUCAGGCUCGGGCGCCGGCGGCGGGGGCCGCGGCGGCAAGGCCUCGGGGGACCCAGGCGCGUCAGGCGCUUCGCCCCGCGCGUCUCCACUGCCGCCACCUCCGCCGCCGCCCGGGGCCGAGCCCGCGGGUCCCGGCUCAUCAGCGGCCGCGCCCGAGUACAAGACGCUGCUCAUCAGCAGCCUGAGUCCCGCGCUGCCUGCCGAGCACCUCGAAGACCGGCUCUUCCACCAAUUCAAGCGCUUCGGCGAGAUCAGCUUGCGCCUGUCCCACACGCCUGAGCUGGGCCGCGUGGCCUACGUGAACUUCCGGCACCCGCAGGACGCGCGUGAGGCCCGCCAGCACGCCCUGGCUCGCCAGCUGCUGCUCUACGACCGUCCGCUCAAGGUGGAGCCCGUGUACCUGCGCGGCGGCGGCGGUGGCGGCGGCGGGAGCAGCCGGAGAAGCAGCAGCAGCAGCGCCGCCGCCUCCACGCCGCCCCCGGGGCCGCCCGCGCCCACCGACCCACUCGGCUACCUCCCGCUGCAUGGCGGCUACCAGUACAAGCAGCGUUCGCUGUCCCCGGUUGCCGCCCCGCCACUGCGGGAGCCCCGCGCCCGCCACGCCGCUGCAGCCUUUGCCCUGGAUGCUGCCGCCGCCGCCGCCGCCGUAGGACUAUCCAGGGAACGGGCCCUGGACUAUUACGGGCUGUAUGAUGACCGUGGGCGACCCUACGGCUACCCGGCGGUGUGCGAGGAGGACUUGAUGCCUGAGGACGACCAGCGGGCCACGCGCAACCUCUUCAUCGGGAACCUGGACCACAGCGUGUCAGAAGUGGAGCUGCGACGGGCUUUCGAGAAGUAUGGCAUCAUUGAGGAGGUGGUCAUCAAGAGACCCGCCCGUGGUCAGGGCGGUGCGUAUGCCUUUCUCAAAUUCCAGAACCUAGACAUGGCCCACAGGGCUAAGGUGGCCAUGUCGGGUCGGGUGAUUGGCCGCAACCCCAUUAAGAUAGGAUAUGGUAAGGCCAACCCCACUACUCGCCUCUGGGUGGGUGGCCUGGGACCUAACACCUCACUAGCAGCUCUGGCCCGGGAGUUUGACCGCUUUGGGAGCAUUCGGACCAUUGAUCAUGUCAAAGGUGAUAGCUUUGCCUACAUCCAGUACGAGAGCUUGGACGCAGCCCAGGCCGCCUGUGCUAAAAUGAGGGGCUUUCCCUUGGGAGGGCCAGAUCGCAGGCUGCGCGUGGAUUUUGCCAAAGCAGAGGAGACUCGGUAUCCCCAGCAGUACCAGCCCUCACCCCUCCCUGUGCAUUACGAGCUGCUCCCAGACGGAUAUACCCGGCACCGAAACCUGGAUGCCGACCUGCGGGUGCGGGAUAGGACCCCCCCACACCUUCUGUACUCAGACCGAGACCGGACAUUUUUGGAAGGGGACUGGACCAGCCCCAGUAAAAGCUCUGACCGCCGAAACAGCCUCGAGGGCUACAGCCGGUCAGUGCGCAGCCGCAGUGGUGAGCGCUGGGGAGGAGAUGGGGACCGGGUCCUGCCCAAGCCCUGGGAGGACAGGCGGAAGCGCCGGAGCCUUUCCAGUGAUCGUGGGAGGACAACGCACUCCCCUUAUGAGGAACGGAGCAGGACCAAGGGUGGUGGGCAGCCUGUGGACCGAGGCUCUGACCGCACCCCUGAGCGCAGCCGCAAGGAAAACCAUUCCAGUGAAGGGACCAAGGAAUCGAGCAGUAACUCCCUCAGCAACAGCAGACACGGGGCUGAGGAGCGGAGCCACCACCACCAUCAUGAGGCUCCAGACUCUUCCCACGGGAAGAAGGCACGAGAGAGCGAGCGCAAUCAUCGGACCACUGAGGCUGAGCCCAAGCCUCUUGAAGAGCCAAAACACGAGACCAAAAAGCUCAAGAAUCUUUCAGAGUAUGCCCAGACACUGCAGCUGGGUUGGAAUGGGCUUCUGGUGUUGAAAAACAGCUGCUUCCCGACAUCUAUGCACAUCCUAGAGGGGGACCAGGGGGUUAUCAGCAGUCUCCUCAAAGACCACACCUCCGGGAGUAAGCUGACCCAGCUGAAGAUUGCCCAGCGCCUUCGACUGGACCAGCCCAAGCUCGAUGAGGUCACACGACGCAUCAAGCAGGGGAGCCCCAACGGCUACGCAGUGCUCCUAGCCACACAGGCGACCCCCAGUGGGCCUGGCACUGAGGGGAUGCCCACGGUGGAGCCAGGCCUUCAGAGGCGGCUUCUCAGGAACCUGGUCUCCUACUUGAAACAGAAGCAGGCUGCAGGGGUGAUCAGCCUGCCAGUGGGUGGGUCUAAGGGCAGAGACAGCACGGGCAUGCUCUAUGCCUUCCCGCCCUGCGACUUUUCACAGCAGUACCUCCAGUCAGCACUGAGGACAUUGGGCAAGCUAGAGGAAGAACACAUGGUGAUAGUUAUAGUGAGAGACACAGCCUAGCCCAAACCUGUCUUUUCCAGCUCGUUUGUCACAAAAGCAGUUAUUUUAAAAUGACCCACUCCGCCCAUCUUACCCCCUUGGUUUGAAUUCUCUGCUGGGUUAUUUCGGUUCAUUUGGUAGGGGACCAAAGUCCUGUCCCCCAUCAAAAGUAAGUUCUUAGGUUUUGGGGGUUUUUUUUACAGUGAUGAGAAGGGAUUCCUGUCAUGUUGGUUUCUAGUGUAUGAGAUACUGUCUGCUGUGUUCUGUAUUUUUUUAUUUUUUGACUAACUGUAUGGAAAGUUGUCAGUAAAGCCUUUGUCAGAGGAUGGAUUUUUAAUCCUG